AUGGCCACGAGGAGCACGCCUGUAAUUCGGAUUCCCAAACAGAUCACCUCAUUCACGAGCGGUAACAAUGCCACGCCUAUCACUCAAGAGUCUCCUGUAGCCAUACGACACUCGAUUACAGGAAUGCAAUUGAGGAGGAGCAUCAUUCAGCCUGAUCGGUAUGAUGAGGAAAUCAUGGUCACGAAGCCUCGUUCCACCACCAAACCCGCCUAUCCCGACUUGAUGGCAUCUCAGGUCGUGGCAUUCAACCCAGACCAAGCCCCUGCAGCAUUCCCUUCGCGACCCCUGAACUCACGAUCCACCGAGUCUAACGCAGGAGAAAGUGGUGCUCUAUCAAAUACUUCUGAAGCACGUGAACCCAAACAUUCCCAUCGACGCAGUGCCUAUGUCCGGAAAGAUCUGCGAACAAUAUCAGAACCGUUGAACUAUGAAGAUUUUGGAGUCAUUGCCACAGCCGAACAGAAAGAAGCUCGCUCGCGUGAUUUGUGGCACGGAUUACCAUUGUCUUUGAAAUAUCACAUCUACAAGCACUUGGCUGUGCCAAAUAGUCGGGAUUCAAUCUUAAAGUCUCUUGGAAUAUCUGAGAAGCAUUUCAGGGAAAUUCAGGCUCUGGUCGCCCUCCGACUCGAGUGGCCCGCCACGGUUACCGAGAUCUGGGAUGAAUGUGCCAACAACAACCAUCUUAAUCAUUCUGAUGACUCGAUAGUUAGCGACCCUUCAAGCAUUGAUCCAGAUAUCUUCCGCCAGAAUCUUGAUGCGAUGGUUUUCGCGAGCAACUAUGAAGUUGCCUAUGAAUCCGAAAUCUUACGCGCAAAACAAUUCUUGAAAUCUCGCAAUCUUCCUACCAGCAUCCUUGGAAUAUGGGUACCAGAUUGUUCCGACUCAAAAGGCACUGAAUUCUUCAGGAAUAUCCCCAAAGAGCUCAUCAAAUUUACUGGCAUCAAUACCACCACCCGUGAUAUUAUUGUCGGUGAGGUCGCUCACGAAGCACGGCCUACCAUAUCACGAGCUAGGGAACCAAAUAACCAGGGUAGCCCCAGAGGAAUUCUGAAGAAUGUGUUGUUUCAACCAUUGAAUCUCCAGGCUAUCAAUCCUGUGGAGACUGAUUCCACAGUGCAACGUGGCCGGCAUCCUCUUGCCACAGUCACCUCUGUCGAAGCUGUUUCCAGUACCCUAGCUGGUGAACCAGGAGAUCUACAACAAAGCCAGCAAGAUCUCAAUCCUUCAUUGCCGGGCGGCACAUCUCAAGAUGAGACUCAACAUAAGUUCGAUCAGAGAUCUUCGGGUGUUAUGCAACUACGUGACCGGAACAGUAUUCCACCUGCUCGAGCAGCGACUCCGUACUAUCUCGACAGCGGAUCACAGCACAUCUACGAUAUCCCGGUCGAUGAGGGUGGAAGCACUCUAGAGCAAACGCAGCCAGACACUGUCACGCUACCCGAUAUCCCCGGCAGUGGGUUCUUAAGCUUUAAAUUCAAGCGAAAGCAGGACCUCACAAAGAUAUUCGCUGAUCAACCCGAAGUCUAUAUUUCAGGAAACAUUCGCACACAUACACCCCAUCCUGCCACACAUGGCGAGGGUCAGGCCCAUCCGACACUUGUUACUCUGAAGAUCAGUCCAGAAAAGUUGAGACUUGUGCAUGCGAACAGAGUGCUACAGUCUCCGACCGACUAUUCUACCUCGCCGUCCACAGAAGGACUGGCAGCAUCCAAUCAGGCUCUCCCUCAGCAUUCAUGGUCCCUCGAGGGCCCUGCUUCGUUCGAUGCUCAAUUACCUAGUAGGAAGCGAAAGGCUGAUUUCAUAGACACCUCCGAUGUGCUUGUGAAGCGUGCCCGACUAAUGACCAAUGAUAGGCCUAUAUUUCUCACCAAUGGACACGAUAGCCACAUCUCGAGUACAAGUGGAAGUCUUAAUGCGGAUCUCCAGCCAGUGACUAUGAACGGACAAGCAUCCGCACCUCCACCAGCUCAACCCGAAAUACUGGCGCAGAGCAUCGAAACUGACGACAAUGUCUUGCCCUCCAACCUCAACCACCGAGUCUCAGCGAGUCUGCCAGACGAAGCCGUCCCAAAUCGACCCGCUCCAAUCGCCAUCGUCCCAUCGCCCAGAGACUUCGAUCGCGCACCCUCUUUCUCUCCAAUCCCCGAGAAUGCGUACCUGGAGGAGUUUCCAGCCUUUCUCGGAUCGUCAAAAGCAGGAAUCGAUCGAGGAGGGUCCGGGCUAGCCAUGCACGGAAUGAUCGCAAUGCUUCCAAUUGGCGGUGUUGAGGCAACGCCCAGACACACUCGCAGCGGGCCUGCUUAUAUCGUCACUAGCAGCAGAGCGCUGCCGAUGAGGAACUAUGGCGGUAGGAAGCGCGCUUGA